CACCUGCGGUUUAUUUCACUAUUCAUACGGGACCGUACGAUUAGCCACUUCCUUUAGCGUAGUCACGGACGUAUCCGAAUGAUGGCGGUUGUGUCACUGAAACCGAAAGUAACAUUUUUUAUAUCCGUCUCCAUCGGUGGAAUCUAUCAAUUUACAAGUAAAUUUAUCUAGCCAGUGUCUUCGUGAACGGAUGUUUCAUGCGUUUCUGUAGAAAAAUGACCUUCCUAUUACUUUCGCUACGUAAUCUUAUCUGGCCAGUAUUAUAACUUUAAGUACUCUGCUAGCUACUAUUGUGAGAUUUUACUCUAUACCCGGAACUGAGACUUAACUGUAUACUGCCUUGUUAUUGAUUACAUAAAUGUUUUAUGGCCGGGUUUAUUUACAGUUAAAACGCAUAUCAGAUAUAACUGUAAUUUAAACUGACAAAAAUUCCAUGAACUGAUAACAAAAGGAGAUAUAUGAAAUCCAAUAUCACUCCUUUUUUUCGAAAAUGAUAUAUUGAAAAACACUUGACGACACUUAAGAACAAUAUCAGUUUGAAAGUAGGGGUUUUACGUAUUAUAUCUCCUAUAAUCAAACUACAGCUGGUAGGCCAGUAAGGAUAUGAGGUCAGAAGCUUUUUGAUAUUGUACUCAAGUUAUUUUACGCUGCUGUUAUAAGUCAGGAAGGUGAAUAUCUACAGCGCUUCAGAUAAUUUACGAAAACGAAAGUAGAGAUGAGCACAGCAGAUAAAACCACAGUUGAGAUGACAGAGCGGACAAAUGAUAAAAUAGAGAAAGUUGGAGAGGAAAAAAAUACAGAGGUCUGUGCCACGUCUAAUGAGGCAAAGAAUAACGAACGACCAGAACAAGAAGUAAAAGAAGUGGCGGAACAGACAAGUACCAACAAUGGUGAACGGUCAGCAAACGUUCCGGGGCAGAAAAGGAAAGCAGAUGCAGAUCUGGACAGUCCGAAUGAAAAGAAAUCAAAAAAGCAGAAGCUGAUUACAAAAAAAAAAGUACAUCAAUGUUACGCCCGCCUGGCAUUAUCAGAAGAUCUAAUGAGAGAACUGGAUUAUCCGAGACCAGAUCCAUCGGGAAAAGAGGGCCAUGUCAAGUUAUACGGAAACCAUUUCGGUUUCAAGGCAGGUUACUGUAAGAGAUGCGACAAACUGUUUGAUACUACGUUCUCCAGGAGAACUCAGUGUGACUUUCAUAUGGAACGAUCCAAACGAUUCAAUGGGCGGCAACAUCCACAUGGAUGCUGCGGAAAAGGAUACGGAUCAAGAGGAUGUCGCACGGCACCAAGUCACGUGCAUAAAGGUAACCUUUAUCUUGAUUUGGAAAAUUACAAAGCAACAGAAAAGAAGGAAAGUGAAAACGACAAAUACACGAUAUAUGCUGUAGAUACGGAAUCGAUCCAUACAAAGAAAGGCAUAGAAGUUUGCAGAGUGACUGUCGUUGACCGCAAGCUGAAGGUGGUCUAUAACGAAUUUUGUUUACCUACAACUGAAGUGGUGGACUACAAUACAAUCUGGAGUGGCAUUACCGAAAAAGAUCUUAAUGGUGUAACAAAGACAUUUGAGGAGCUUCGUGAUGACAUGUUGAAACUUUUCUCUGCAGAUACGAUUCUAGUUGGCCACGGGCUUAGUUCUGACCUUAUAGCUCUGAAGAAGGCCACGACAGUACAGAAGAUGCAGUUGCUGCUAUGAAACUGGCUUUGAAAAAGGUCGCGCCAAUGCUUAAGAAACUGAAGGCAUAGAAAAUGACUGUGAUUUUUUUUGUGA